AUGUGUGGUAUUCUCGCCCUUAUCCUCGCGGAUACCGAUGCGUCGGACGCCUCUGCCGAUUUGCACGAGAGCUUGUACUAUCUUCAACACCGUGGUCAAGAUGCCUGUGGUAUCGCGACCUGUGGUUCUGGAGGUAGAAUCUUUCAGUGCAAGGGCAAUGGCAUGGCCUCCAAGGUCUUUGACGAUGGCAAGCGCACGGUAGACCUUCCCGGCUACAUGGGCAUUGCCCAUCUUCGUUACCCGACUGCCGGAACUAGCUCUAGCGCCGAGAGCCAGCCUUUUUACGUCAACUCGCCCUACGGCAUCUGCUUCGCGCACAACGGUAACCUCAUCAACGCUCCCGCCCUGCGCAGCUAUCUCGACCAAGAGGCCCAUCGUCAUGUGAACACCGACUCUGACAGCGAGCUGAUGCUCAACGUCUUUGCCAACGCCCUGAACGAGACCGGCAAGGCCCGUGUCAACACCGACGACAUCUUCAGUGCCCUCAAGAAGACGUACGAGAGGUGCCAAGGUGGCUGGGCCGUCACUGCUAUGAUUGCUGGCUUCGGUAUCUUCGCCUUCCGUGACCAAUACGGCAUCCGCCCCCUCAUUAUGGGAUCGCGGCCCUCCAGCACCCUCGAAGGCGGUAUCGACUACAUGUUCGCUUCCGAGAGCAUUGCUCUCCGUCAGCUGGGCUUCAGCAACUUUCAGGAUAUCCUCCCGGGACAAGCCGUGUUCAUCCAAAAGAACGGGCAGCCUCAGUUCCACCAGGUUGUUGAGCAAAAGGCUUACUCCCCCGAUAUCUUCGAGUAUGUUUACUUCGCCCGCCCGGAUACCAUCAUGGAUGGAAUCUCCGUGCACCGCAGCAGGCAGAACAUGGGCGUGAAGCUUGCCAACAAGGUCAAGGAGAUCCUUGGAGAGGAGGGUGUCAAGGAGAUCGAUGUGAUCAUUCCCGUCCCGGAGACCAGUAAUACUGCCGCUGCCGUGGUAUCAGAGCAGCUUCGGAAACCCUUCUCUAACGGUUUCGUCAAGAACCGUUACGUCUACCGCACCUUCAUCUUGCCCGGUCAGAAGGCCAGGCAAAAGAGCGUCCGGAGAAAGCUCAGCGCCAUGGAGUCCGAGUUCAAGGACCGUGUCGUCCUGCUCGUGGAUGACUCCAUUGUCCGUGGAACCACCAGCAGGGAGAUUGUGAGCAUGGCUCGUGAGGCCGGUGCCCGCAAGGUUAUCUUUGCCAGCUGUGCUCCUCCCAUCAUUUACCCCCACAUUUACGGUAUCGAUCUCGCCUCUCCGCAGGAGCUCAUCGCCCACGAGAAGACAAGAAGCGACAUCGCCAAGCACAUCAAUGCCGAUGAUGUUAUUUACCAGGAUCUUGCCGACCUUAAGGCGGCGUGUACUGAGGCCUCUCCCGAUCACCAGAAGAUCACCGACUUUGAAGUGGGUGUGUUCUGCGGCAAAUACCAGACCGACAUCCCUGAAGGUUACUUCGACCACCUGAACGAGAGCCGUGGCACGAAGCGGAAGGCCGCCGUUGUGAACGGCACCAACAAGGUCUUGGUUGCCAAUAGCGGCCCGGUCAAUGUUUCUACCCCCGAACCCCCUGCCCUCAUGGAGAACCCCGAGAACAGGCAGGAUAUUAGCAUCCACAACAUUGCCAACUCCUAG